AUAUUUGUGAAUUGACUAAAGUACCCUCAUGAGAAUCCAAGUGAUACAGCAAUUACCAAACCUCUUCUUCUUUUAUUCACGAAACAGUGUUUCACGGCCAAUUUCUCCGGCUCUCUUCUUCCCUUUCAGUCUCUCUCGCUCUCUCCACACUCUCAAAACCAAUACUCGUCUUCGCUCUCUCACUCUCUAUUUCUCGCUACCGAUCUUAUUUCCCGCUGUUUUUCUUCCGGCGCCGUUCUCCUUAAGCCGUUAUCGUCUUCAUUGAAGAUGUUCAUGUGUAAUGGGUGAAAAAGGUGAUGAGUAUGGUUCAGAAGCAAGAAGAAAUGAAUGGUUGUGGUCUCAAUGUUGACAAAGUAGAAGCCUUUACAGUGUCACCACAGGAAAAAGGAAGGAAAAACAAGAGAAAGUUAGCUGAUCCUUCUCAACCAAAUGCUGCUUCCCUCACUGAAUUCCCUCCAUAUGAGUUACCUUCGUUGAAACCUCAGAACCAUUUGAGCGGAAAUGGAUUGAUUGGGGAAGUUUCUAAUCAGCUGCAAGUUGAAGACUCUGAAUCUGUCGAAUGGGAUGACCCAUUUGCCUGUCAACUUGAAGAAUUGUUGUCAUCAAAUUUGCUCACGCUCUUCCUUAAUGCAAUGAAGGAGCUUAUUGACUGUGGCUACACCGAUGACGAAGUUCUGAAAGCUAUAUCAGGCUGUAGGCUCUACUGUGGAGGCAAUAAUCUUAUGUCAAACAUUGUCAAUAACACCUUGAGUGUUCUCAAGGUUGGAAACGAAGGUGCUGGUUCAAGAGACUAUGUGUUUGAGGAUUUACAACAGCUUGUUUCGUAUACGUUGGUAGAAAUGGUAAGUCUUGUUAAGGAGGUUAGGCCGUCCCUAUCAACAGUUGAAGCUAUGUGGAGGCUUUUGAUGUGCGACUUGAAUGUCUUGCAAGCCUUUGAAGUUGAAGGCGAUGGAUUGGUGAGUUCGAGUAAAUCAUUUGAUUCCGAAUCUCUUGGUGCUGAAUCUAAUCCUCCAAACUCUAGUGACCCAGAUAACCCAAAGCCUCCACAAUCCAAUCCUCAAGGCAAUCGGAAUGAGCCACUCAAGUUUGGAAACUUCCCAAAUUCACCCAACUCCAAAAAAACUCAGUCUAGUGGAACAACACCGGGAAAAGAAGUAUGCUCAGGUAGCACUGUUUCUUGUCAAGGCAUGAGAAGUACAUCGUUUACUCUAGUCUCUGAUGAAAAAAUGGUAUCUUGUCGUAAAGGCCGUACUAAAAAAGAGAUAGCUAUGCUUCGGCAAAAAUCAUGUGUGGAAAAAAUUAGGACUUACAGCAAAGGCAGUGGAUAUAAGGCGGCAAAGUUUGCAUCAGUUGGCAGCUUCCUUCUAGAGAAAAGAGUCAAAUCAUCUUCUGAAUUUGUGGCAAAAAAUUCUUCACCGAAGAUAACAGCAGAGAUUGGAGUGAAACUUUCAUUAGCUGAGGAUAGCGGCUGUUUUGUAAGAAAGAACAGUAAGUUAGAUUCACCUGUGGUAAUGGUAGAUGCAAAGGGCUAUAUAACUGCCUUACCUGCUAGGUCGGUAAAAUCUGCUUCAAAAAAAAAGUCUGGUUCUGAGUCUGUAACUCUGAUACCAUCAGCUUCAGAAAAGAAGUCUGAUUCUUUGGUACCAUCAGCUUCAGAAAAGAAGUCUGAUUCUUCGGUACCAUCAGCUUCAGAAAAGAAGUCUGGUUCUAAGUCUGAAGAAAAGGCAUCUCUGUCUGCAAAGCUAGCACCAGAUUACUAUGCUGGGAUCCCAUAUGAUGCAGCUCUGGGUAUAUAUGUUCCCCGUGAUAAGAAAGAUGAAUUGAUUCUAAAGCUAGUUCCCCGAGUGAAUGAUCUGCAGAAUGAAAUGCAGGUCUGGACUGACUGGGCUAAUCAGAAAGUAAAAGAAGCAACUGGUAGACUACUUAAGGACCAACCAGAGCUUAAGGCACUAAGGAAAGAGAGAGAAGAGGCAGAACAGUAUAAAAAAGAGAAGCAGUUAUUGGAAGAAAACACUAGGAAAAGGCUGUCUGAGAUGGAUUUUGCAUUGAAGAAUGCGACCAGCCAGUUGGAAAAAGCUCACAAUACUGCUCGCAGGCUCGAGCUGGAACAAUCUUUACUGAAGAAAGAGAUGGAAGCUGCUAAGAUAAAAGCUGUUGAGUCUGCUGAGAGCUGUAGAGAAGCAAAAGAAAGAGGGCAAAGAUCAUUGAAGGAUACUCACUCGUGGGAAGGGCAAAAAAUUCUGUUGCAGGAAGAGCUCAAGGGUCAAAGGGAUAAGGCAGCAGUGCUACAGAAAGAAGUUACCAAAGCAAAAAAUCGCCAGAAUCAAAUUGAGGCUGCUUUGAAGCAAGAAAGAACAGCCAAAGGGAAACUCAGUGCUCAGGCAUCAUUGAUAAAGAAAGAAACAAAGGAACUUGAAGCACUUGGAAAAGUGGAAGAAGAGCGGAUCAAAGGGAAAGCAGAAACUGACGUGAAAUAUUACAUAGAUAACAUCAAGAGACUUGAGAGAGAGAUCUCAGAGCUGAAACUUAAAUCAGACUACUCGAGAAUCAUUGCACUGAAGAAAGGCAGCAGUGAGUCAAAGGCAACAAAAAGAGAGAAUGUUGGGAUGACGAAAGUGAAAAGAGAAAGAGAAUGUGUGAUGUGCUUGUCCGAAGAGAUGAGUGUGAUAUUCUUGCCUUGUGCUCACCAAGUUCUUUGCAUUAAAUGCAAUCAGCUUCACGAGAAAGAAGGAAUGAUGGAUUGUCCGUCUUGUCGUGGGACAAUCCAGAGGAGGAUUCAAGCUCGUUUCGCUCGCACUGGGUGAAAGCUUUCUUACCAGUUUAAACUUGUAAAAACUCUGAAGAAGACAGCUUUUGGUUAAUAACCCCCAUCUUGGCUUUUUGAAUGAUUUUAACUACCAAGCCAAUUAGAGAGUACACGUGGCUUACCUUA